CACUCUCUCCGUCGUGACUAUCAGUUCCAGUUAUAUAGACUGUGUCUGCGUUUGAUCUAACACCCUCAGUUUCAACCUUAUAUCGAUCACUGAAUAUAUCCACAAAAAUCGACAUGCUGUGCAUUUGAGCACAGAUAAACCCUAAUCUGAAAAUGAGGGGAAAUGGCCGGAGAACUACUCGGAGCAGAACCAAAUCCGCCACCGAUGCCGACGGCGACGAUCCUCUCCGUAACACAAAACCAAACCCGAAACUACGUAAAGAUAGAAAUAGAGCUCACAACUCUAUUCGGAUCUUCGACGUCAAUCUCAAAGUCAUGCUAGGAGUCAGCGUUUUUGCGUUCUUUGUGAUCUUCUUCUUAAUUCGCCGCCUUGUAAAUCCUGCUGAAGAAAUUCGGAGACCGAGGGUUGUAACGCCAUUUCCGGCGCCAAAAAUCAUGGACCUUCCUCAGUUUCAAGGAGAGCACAGAGAGAGUUUGUAUUGGGGAACCUAUCGCCCUCAUGUUUAUCUCGGAAUUCGUGCCAGGACUCCACGGUCUUUGCUUGCUGGCUUGAUGUGGAUUGGUGUAAAGGAUGGAAGAUAUGCCAUGAGACAUGUCUGCCAAGAUUCAGAUGAGCUAAGCACAUACGGUUGGACACAUCAUAAUGGACGUGACUUUGGGCACCAAAUUCUGGUUGACCAGGACAUGACUUUGGCAACAAGUUUCCUGAAAUCCAAGGUUGAUGGCAGUGGCUAUGGAGGAGAUUGGGCUGUUCGGAUUGAUGUUCAAAGCAAGCAAUCUGAAAGGAGUGAGGAUAUGUUGAGAACUGCACAUAUAUUUUUCUAUAUGGCUGAUGAAGAUGGCCACGCUCUAAGUUUGAGUAGAGAUAACUUGGAUGUUCAUGAAGGUUCUCUCCUUGCAUCGGGUUCACGAAUAGAUGUUGGAGGUUGGCAGCUACAUUUAAAAUCAAUGGAUGAUUUGGAAGUCCAUUAUUCUGGUUUUAAGACUAAUCACAUUCACAAUUUAUCUGAGCUUGUCCAGGAAAACCUUGGAGCUCAAGCAAGAAAGUAUGGUCGGCUGCAGCUGUCUGACACAUCUGAUGGCUCUCCAAAUAUUCUAGUUUUUCAGGUUUCUGCUAGGAUUCCUUUCAAAACAGAUAUUGUGUUUGUCUCUGGAACUGGAUUGCAUAGCUCAGGAGUUGAAGAACGUGUCAACAGCCUUACAGGUACCUCACUGACUGAUCAAUUGAAAGAGAAGCAAAGAGAAUUUGACACUAAAUUUGAGAAGAGCUUUAAUCUGGCUGACAAGCUCGAUUCUGAAUCCAUGAUUGCUGGUAAAGCUGCUAUUGGAAACAUGUUGGGUGGCAUAGGCUAUUUCUAUGGCCAGUCGAAAAUUUCGCUCCCAGGAAACCCUAAUCUUGGGGGUCUCAAUAAUUUUAUUUCAUAUUGGCCAGCUGAGCUUUACUCAACUGUUCCAAGUCGACCCUUCUUCCCAAGGGGAUUUUUAUGGGAUGAAGGUUUUCAUCAGCUGCUGAUCUGGCAUUGGGAUGUUCACAUUAGCUUGGAUAUCAUUGGACACUGGUUAGAUCUAAUGAAUAUUGAUGGAUGGAUUCCACGUGAGCAAAUUUUGGGUGCCGAAGCUCGAAGUAAGGUCCCAGAGGAAUUCAUUCCCCAGCAUCCCACUAAUGGAAAUCCACCAACUCUUUUUUUGGCCCUGCGUGACAUUGUUCAUAGCUUAAAGAGAAACAAGUUUACUUCCAUGGAAAGCAAGGAGAUCUCUUCAUUCCUAGAGCGGGCUUAUGUUCGCCUUGAAGCAUGGUUCCAAUGGUUCAACACUACACAGUCAGGGAAGGAGAUGAGCAGCUAUUAUUGGCAUGGGAGAGACGUUACAACAAUUCGUGAAUUAAAUCCAAAGACACUGAGCUCCGGUUUGGAUGAUUAUCCACGUGCUUCACACCCAAGUGAAGAUGAACGUCACUUGGAUCUUAGAUGCUGGAUGUAUCUUGCUUCAGAUUGCAUGCAUUCCAUUGCAGAGCUUCUUGAUAAGGAUACUAAACCUGGAAAGGAUUAUGGUGCAACAGCUAAGCUGCUCUCAGAUUUUCAAAUUCUGAAUCAGAUGCACUUGGAUGAUAAAUACGGAGCUUACUUUGAUUUUGGAAAUCAUACAGAAAAGGUUCGUCUGCACUGGAAAGAAAAUAUGGUAGGACACAAUUAUGCAACUCGAGAGCUUGUACGUGAAGUGUUAGAAAGGCCUGAGUUGAGACUGGUUCCUCAUGUUGGCUAUGUUAGUCUUUUUCCAUUCAUGGGGAGGAUCAUUCCACCUGAAUCAUGGAUUCUGGAGAAACAGCUUGACCUCAUUUCAAACCAGAGCAUCCUAUGGACUGACUAUGGACUCCGUUCUCUUUCCAAAACAAGCUCAUUAUACAUGAAACGCAACACAGAGCACGACCCACCGUAUUGGAGAGGUCCUAUUUGGAUGAACAUGAAUUACAUGAUUCUUUCAGCACUCCACCAUUACUCUAAAGAGGAUGGACCAUAUAGAGACAAAGCCAGAACCAUCUACGUUGACUUGCGAGGCAAUUUGAUUAGAAAUGUGGUACGCAAUUAUCACCAGACUGGGUUUCUGUGGGAACAAUAUGAUCAGAGGAAAGGCAAGGGAAAAGGCGCCCGUGUAUUUACUGGUUGGACGGCACUUGUGGUAUUAAUGAUGGCAGAAGCUUAUGGCGAAAGUUAGGAUACUUGGAAUCAGUUGUGCCGUAAUAUAUCAUUAGAUGUUUAAUGGUCGGAGCAUCCCUUUUUUUUUUUUUUUUUUUCCUUUUUUGUUUCACCUUUUCCUACAGUUUUAAGGGAAAUUAUAAGUUGAUAAAAUCAUUGGUAUCGACAUUUGCACACUUGCCCUUUUGCGUGCAUCAUUGUGGCAUAAUGUUUUGGAGGAUCCAAUGUUGCAGGAGCUUGUAUCAAGCAUUUUAUUUCA